AUGCCUGUAAAAAGUCAUCAACGUGUACACACAGAUACAGCUCGUAUACGAGAUCGAACAAAUACUAUAACAACAGUAACAUCGAAAAAAACUGCUUCGACAUCGAAACGACUUGUUGGUGGUGGUGUUCAACCAAGGCCAAUUUCUGGUACAACAAGAAUAAGUAGUGCAACGACAUCAAUCAUUGUCGGUAUGAAUCCGCAACAAUCAAAUUAUCCACAACCAAUUAAAAUUAUAACUGAAGUUGAUGACACAAAUAUUGAUGAAGUAUUAAAUUUAUCUGAUUUAUCACUUAUACCAACAUCAUUUCUUACUGAAAUUCAACAAGAUGAAGUUUAUGAAACAAUUUUAGAAGAACUUCGAAAGAAAAUGCCACAUCGAAUUCCACCAAAAAUUUCGCCUCGACUAGAAGAAGAAGAAAACGACGACGACGACGAAGAACAAAAACCAUUUUCACCUCAUCUUCUUGCAAUUGAUGAUGACGAUGAUAACGAUGAUGAUGAUAUAAGUAUAGGUGAUGAUAUAUCAUCUUCACCAUCAAGUGAAAAUAAUGCUAUAUUAUCUCAUGACGGUUACGAUACUGAUAUUGAAACAGAAUCUAUUGUACAAAAUGAUCAUGAUCCGACAGGUAGAGAACAAUAUCGUGAAUUAUGUCAACAAGCAAAAAUAAUUCCAUGUUCAUAUUUUAUGGCACAUAUACAAGAUAGUGAAAUGAUUUUACGUUAUCAUCAAUUUAAUACCGAAGAUAUUCGAGCUAUAACGAAAACACUUUGGACGAAUCUUAGUGUUGAACAUUUAUUCUUAGAUGGUAAUUAUUUACAACAACAAGCAACAAAACAUAUUACACAAUUAAUUUUAACAAAUGAUUCGAUUACAGAAUUAUCUCUUGCUGAUAAUCGACUCGGUGGUGAUGAAGGUACCAAAGAAAUAUGUAAACUAUUAACAUUAAAUCGAAAUUUGAAAAAAAUUAAUUUAUCAGGAAAUAAAUUCAAUGAACUUGAUAUUGCACUAUUAAUUGAAGCAUUUGAACAAAGCAAAAUAUUACGUGAACUCGAUUUAAGUCACAAUUGUUUUGGUGAACAGUGUGGUAAAGUACUCGGUGCAUUUAUUAGCAGCAACGAUUCAUUAGAAUCAAUUGAUUUGAGUUGGAAUAAAUUUCGUGGACGAAGUGCCAUGGAUCUUGUUAAUGGAAUUAAAGAAAAUGUUCGUUUGAAACGUUGCAAUCUAGAAAUGAACGGUUUAGGACCUGAUAGUGGACAAAUUCUAGCUGAUUGUAUUAAACAAAAUAGUGCAUUAGAAGAAUUUAAUAUAAAUGGAAAUCGAUUGAAUACAUCAAAUGCUUUUGCUAUUGCUCAGGCAUUAUCAUCAAAUGAUUCACUUCAAGUUCUCAAAAUUGCCAAUAACCAAAUUAAUUGUGAUGGUGUACUUGCUGUUUUUCUUUGUGUCAAAGCAAAUGACACAAAUGCAUUACGAGAAAUUGAUUUUUCACAUACAAUAGUUACUCAAGAGACGGUAGACGUUUGUAAAGAUAUUGUUAAAUUAAAAAAUGGUAAAUUUCGAUAUCUUAUUGGAAAAGUAACACCAGAAAAACUUCAACCUAACUCUACUAGUGAAUGUUAUAUUAAAACUAAUGAAGAAUUACUCAAUAAACUACGUUCCAAUGCAGCUAAUAAAAUUCCAAUACAUUCAGAAUCAAUAACAACAAAUAUGAAUGAUAGUCAUACGACUGCAUUGGAGAUUUUACGCUAUUCAGUCAAUGAAUUACAACGAAAACAAAUCGAUAUUCAUCGACAUAUUGGUCAACUAUCAGCUGUUAUGUCUGAUUUUGAAUAUCAUAUGGCACAAGUACGCAAUAUAUGUGAAUCAUCUAAUAAUAACAAUAAUGAAUUAUGCCAAUCUUUAUUAUUUCAUCUUGAAUCAGUUAUAAUUGAUACACGAUCAGCUUUAGUUGCUUCAACAACAAGUACAAAUGAUGCACAACAAGUUCAUGAUCUUGUUCAUCGUCUUUAUGAAGAAAAUCAACGAAUAGCAAAUCAUAUUGAUAAUUUACUAAAACAAGAUCAAUUAGAUAUUGAAAUAGAUGAACAAUCAGCAGAAGAAGAUCAUAUUCAAAAAGCCAUUGAGCAUAUUGAACUUGCUUUAGAACAAAAUAUACAUGAACAAGAAUUGAUUAAUAAAGAAAAAGAACAUUUUGAAAAUAAUCAAAAAACUAUUGAAACAUUUAUUCAAACAACUGAACAAUUACAUGAAGAAGCUUUAGAAAAAUUACGAGAACAUAUUAAAGUGUUACGUGAACAAAAUCAAUCAUUAAAACAAUAUAAUGAACAGAUUGAUAUACUUACAAAACAAUUACCGCAAACUUUAUUUUUAUCAGCUCAAUAA